CUGUUGUAUUGUACUUUGAACAUAGAGCUUCGUUAACAUUUAUAACCAAGGAGACACUGGGGAAAUGGAAAUGGAUAUAAUAACAGGAGCUCAGAUUAUUUCAGAGGCCCUACGAGCACAAAAUGUCAGAUACAUGUUUGGGGUCGUUGGUGUUCCUAUAAUAGAAGUUGCCAUGGCAGCCCAAGCGGCUGGGAUUGAGUAUGUGGGAAUGAGAAAUGAACAGGCGGCUUGCUAUGCUGCUUCUGCUGUCGGCUAUCUAACUGGAAGGCCAGGAGUGUGUCUUGUUGUCUCUGGUCCAGGUCUCAUUCAUGCCUUAGGAGGAAUGGCAAAUGCUAACAUGAAUUGCUGGCCUGUUAUUGUUAUUGGAGGGUCCUCAGACCAAAACCAAGAGACAAUGGGGGCAUUUCAAGAGUUUCCACAGGUGGAAGCCUGUAGACUCUAUAGUAAGUUUUCAGCAAGACCCAGCAGCCUUGAAGCCAUUCCAUCAGUCAUUGAGAAGGCAGUAAGAAGCAGCAUUUAUGGCCGCCCAGGGGCAUGUUACAUUGACAUACCUGGAGACAUGGUAAACGGCAAGGUCGACAGGUCAAAAGUGAGAGAAGUGUCGUGUUGCUUGCCGCCUCCAGUGACUAUGGCAGAACCUCAGUCUGUGUCUCAAGCAGUGUCUGUCCUAAAACAGUCCAAGAGACCUCUCGUUAUCAUUGGCAAAGGUGCUGCUUAUUCCCGAGCUGAAAAUAAUAUCAGAGAUCUCGUUGACCUGUGUGGGCUUCCAUUCUUACCGACUCCAAUGGGGAAAGGGGUUCUGCCAGACACCCACCCAAUGUGUGUGGCUGCUGCUCGAUCGAGGGCUCUGCAGCAUGCUGAUGUGAUUCUGUUGCUUGGUGCAAGACUAAACUGGAUCCUGCAUUUUGGUCUCCCACCAAGAUUCCAUCCAGAUGUCAAGAUCAUACAGGUUGACCUUUGUGCUGAAGAGCUGGGUAAUAAUGUUAAGCCGUCUGUUGCACUGCUGGGUGACGUAAAUGCUGUUGUGAACCAGCUUUUGGAGAGCUUUAGGAAGGACCAAUGGAAGUAUCCUUUUGACACAGAGUGGUGGGAGACACUAAAAGACAAAAUCCGAAGUAAUGAAAGGGCAUCGCAGGAGCUUGCUUUGCAGGCCUCAGUGCCUAUGAACUACUACACAGUAUUUUACCGGGUCAGAGAGCUGUUGCCACGGGACUGCAUCAUUGUCAGCGAAGGAGCCAACACCAUGGACAUCGGACGGACAAUUCUUAACAACUACCUUCCACGUCACAGACUGGAUGCUGGCACAUUCGGUACAAUGGGAGUUGGCCUUGGAUUUGCUAUAGCAGCUGCAGCUGUCGCCAAGGAACAAAUCCCACAACAACGGGUCAUUUGUGUGGAAGGAGAUAGCGCUUUCGGCUUUUCUGGCAUGGAGGUUGAAACAAUAUGCAGGUACAAUUUACCAAUAAUCAUCAUUGUGGUCAAUAACAAUGGAAUCUACAGUGGUCUUGAUGAGGACACAUGGAAAGAGCUGGGAAAAAUGGGAGAACUUCCAAAUGUAGCCCCCCCUGUUUCCCUGCUUCCUAAUGCCCAUUACGAGCAGGUCAUGUCAGCCUUUGGUGGGAGCGGGUACUUUGUGAGAACCCCAGAGGAGCUGCAGGCAGCGCUGCAGGAGAGUCUAACACACUGUGAAAAACCUGCUCUGAUAAAUGUGAUGAUCGACCCAUAUUCAGACAGAAAACACCAAGAUUUUCCUUGGCUGACUCGUUCCAAUCUGUAGCUUGGCAUACUCAGUACGAACAUUUUGAAAACACUUGGAUAGUGUAUAAUCGCUCAAACCUACGGAACAUAAGAAAAGAAGUCCUGGCAAUAUAU